UGUAUCAAUAUCCCCUCCAUUCUGUGCACGAACUCGCAUGCAUCUGGUACUACCAUAUACUACAGUCUACCCUUCUGCAGUCAUAUAUUUCCUCCACUCGAUCAUCUUUCAUCAUCCUUUGUAAGUUAUAACGCACCCUACUUCGCCACAGAACCUAUAUAGAACGAUCGCUCGGCGCUCAUGUCCGAUCGCUUCUGGUUAUCGAUGGAAUAUUACAGAUUCGUUGAUGGGCGUGCGUGGUGUGUACUGAUUUACUUGCUUCUCCGCGCGAUAACGGUCCGUACCACCCUAGCCACAUCAAUAUCAUCUCCGCUACUAACGCCAUAUUUCAUGUGGACAGUUUUCCCCUCUCUGUCAAUGCUUCUUUCGACGGUGCUUGAUCGACACCUAGAACCGUCAUCAGCAACUGCAUUCAACGCAAAUGCGCAUCGCAAGCAACUCAUAGGAAAUAUCGUUGUUGCUCUUGAUCCUUCUAUUGCAGUCGUAAGCAGAGUUUCAAAUUAUCUGUCUCGGGUGAUGUUUCAUAGAUUGUAAACCUCUUCCGUUAUCUUGGGAUUCUCUUGCUAUUCUACCCCACGUCUUACCCCAGUUAUUUCGCGGUAAAUUCCAGGCAGGACGCACCAGUCAUAACCUAAAAU